UCCUCCUCCUCCUCCUCCUCACACCUGCAGGUCAGGUGAGUCAGUCGCACUGUGGUGUUCAGAUCUUCAGGCUGGAGCCUCAGUAUGGUCACGUCUCCUCUUCACCUCCAUCCACCAUGUACGUGAGUUACCUUCAGCUGGACAAAGACUCCUCCAUGUACCCGCACCAGAACCCGGUCACCCGACACCCGGGCCUCAGCCUCAGCCCGCAGAACUUCGCGGUGCCGGCGCCGCCGCAGUACUCGGAUUUCGCGGGCUACCACCACCACCACCACCAUCACCCGCACCACCCGCACCACGGACUCACUAACGACCCGGUGCAGCAGGCAACCGGCCCGGGCGCAGGCGGCUGGAGCCCGGCGUAUCCGCCUCCUCCGCCUCCAUCCGCUGCCGCCGCCGCGCCGCCGCCGCGUGACGACUGGUCCACGCAUCAUCAUUACGCCGCCGCAGCGGCAGCGGCCGCGUCCACCGCGUCCACGGUGCCCGGCGCGGUGGGGCCCACGCUGGGCUUCAGCCCCCCGGAGUUCAGCGGGCAGCCGCCCGCGCUGCUGCCCGCGUCCCUGAACGUGUCCGCGGGGCCGCUGUCUCCGGGCUCCCCGCAGCGGAGGAACCCGUAUGACUGGAUCCGACGCAGCUCCGCACCGCCCGCAAACCCAAAUGGAAAAACUCGCACCAAAGACAAGUACCGUGUGGUUUACACCGACCACCAGCGGCUGGAGCUGGAGAAGGAGUUUCACUACAGCAAAUACAUCACCAUCAGGAGGAAGGCGGAGCUAGCGUUAUCGCUCAGUCUGUCAGAGAGACAGGUGAAGAUCUGGUUCCAGAAUCGCAGAGCGAAGGAGCGAAAGAUCAACAAGAAGAAGCUCCAGCAGCCGGCCUCCUCCACGACCACGCCCACCCCUCCCACCGGGACCAGCGGCGGAGGAGGCGGUCUCCAUAGAAACGGUAGCAGCAGUGUCACUAUGGUGACGAGCAGCAGCGGCAGCAACGGGCUGGUGUCCCCAUCGUCUCUGCCUCUGAACAUCAAAGAGGAGUACUGAAGACGAGGGACGCUGAUGUCCUUAUUGGACGCUGAUGUUUCUAUUGGACAACGACGUCGGGGAUCAGAAUAAAAAAAAGGGUCUACAGGUUGAAAACCUCCCGACUGGCUACCAUCAGGAAACUCUGUUGCCGUGUGAUUCCAGCUGACGAGUGACAAAGUGAAAGACGCUAACGUGACGUCCACACGCGGCUCUUCACUCCCAGCGCUUGUUGUUUUAUUCGAACUCACAGAACUUUUGAUUUUCAAUAAUUUCCCGCAAAAAUGAAGGAUGAGGCACGAGGAACGCUUCCAUCUGAUGGAAGGUUGCAGCCAAUGAAAUUUUAGCUUUUUUAAAAAGUGCAUUAUUCUGCUUUCGCCAACAUCAUGGCUUUCACUUUUCUACCACUAGAGGGCGAUGACUGCUGCUGAAUCACAGCCUCAAGGGGGCGCUCUAAUUUGAUAAUCCCUUCUCAUAAAUUGCUAUGAGGAGGAUACGACCUCUGAACGCAAGUGGAAUGCACUAGCAGUUAAGUUUUUCUCGCUGAAAUGCAUGCUGGGAGUUGCAGUUUAGCUCAGCAGUUACGUGACGACAUGAAUUCCCUAUAAAUAUUUAACUUUUACACCUGAACGCAGCAUGUGAGUGCCAUCCUCAGAUUAAAGCAGGAGAAUAUAAUCUUCUGAUGCAGCUGCUCAUUUCAUCUGUGAUGAAAUUAUACGACAAAGAAGAACGAAAAGUGUAACAAUAACGAUGGUUUAGAUUUUGACACAAAAUGGCGGCGACAUCAGCAGUAAAAACAUGGUGAAAAUUUCCUUAUUUUAAUAUUCAAACAAAUGGACCUGAUGACACAGUUCUAGCUCGGCUCGGCCCGACUCGAGGUUCGAGGUUCAGCUGAGCCGACAGACUGACGACCUCUGAUUGGUGAGAAUUCUGAGAUUAAAGUGAGAAUUCUGAGAGUUUAAGUGAGAAUUCUGAGAUUAAAUAGUUAGUUGUCACUGGAAGCUCCACCCCCUGUAUCCAGGACCAGGUGACGCCCUUGUGCAUCCCGUGACAUGUGAGCGACGUUCAUGCAGCAAACGUCUAAAACGAGCAGAAAUGAAAGUUGUUGUAGUUUUUUUUUUUUUAAGAAAAAUAAAUAUAUCAGAUAGGAUUGUCACUAAUUCAAAACAUUCACCAAAGUCCAAACCAUUCCAGGAAUUCCAUGACCUGUGGGAACGAGCCGAGCCAGAAGUGUAGAAGUGUUCAAACUUCCAACAAACCCUAAAAUCCAUGUAAAUGUCUGUGACCUUUGUCAUGUUUAUAUUUUCCAAAUGUAAUUUGUAUUAAAAGCUGAAGAUUUUAUUGUUAA